CUAUAGUUUGUUAACAAGAAAAACAAGUUUUAAUGACUCCAACCUAAGUGUAUGUUAACUUCCGAUUUCAACUGUAUCUCUCUCUCUGACUUCCCAAACUGUUAAAAAAUAAAGAUUGGGUUAAAUUUAUUUAUGUGUUCAAAUUGUAAAUAUUUCUGUUUGCUAUCUAAAUCAUGUUAACUACAUGACUAUGAUGCAAUUAAGAAAAGAUGGAACAUCAGAAUUGCAUUUCACGCUACAUCACUUAUGACAUCACAAAUGAGUUAGUUCCGGGAAUUUAAGUACAUGACAGCUGUUCAUUCACCUGUCAUUCUGUGUUCUUGAGCUAGCUUCAAUACGUGGGAAUUAGGUCCAAAAUCUCCAAAAUGAAUUCUUUGUAUGUUGGUGACCUCCACCAAAAUGUCACCGAGGCAGACCUAAACGAGAUGUUUAGUGAGGCUGGACCAAUCUUUUCUGUUCGUGUAUGUAGGGAUCGGGAUACACAUCGUUCCCUCGGGUACGCCUACGUUAACUUUUAUCAGCAAGACGAUGCUGAUCGUGCCCUGCUCAUGUUCAGCAAUGAUGUGCUUGAAGGAAGAUAUCUGCGCAUCAUGAGGUCUGAUCCUGACUGUACCCUGAGGAAGAGUGGGGUGGGAAACAUCUUAAUCAAGAACCUGGACAAGAAGUCUAUAACAAACAAAAACCUGUACGAGACCUUCUCAGCAUUUGGAGACAUCUACUCUAGCAAGGUAGUUUGUGACGAGAAUGGCCAUUCCAAAGGUUAUGGUUAUAUUCAGUACAAGACCCAGGAGGCUGCUGAUAGAGCCAUCGAGAAAUUAAAUGGCAUGUUAAUGGAUAACGAAAAAGUGUUUAUCGAGCACUUUAAGUCACGCAAAGAGCGAGAGGAGGUGCUUGGAGCCAAGGCCAGAGAGUUCAACAACGUGUUUGUCAAGAACCUUGGCAGAGAUAUGAACGAUGAAAAACUGAUUGAGCUUUUUGGAAAAUAUGGACCAACCGUUAGUGUCAAGGUUAUGAAAGACGAUAACGGGAAGUCGUGUGGGUUCGGUUUUGUUUGCUUCGAGAGGCAUGAGGAUGCACAGAGAGCCGUGAACGAGAUGAACAGGAAGGAGCUAAACGGGAGGCUGAUAUAUGUAGGCCGCGCACAGAAGAAAGCCGAGCGCCAGACGUUGCUGAAACUCAAGUUUGGGCAGAAGAAGCCUGACCCCAAGGCCAAAUACAGAGGUGUAAAUCUCUUUGUAAAGAACCUGGAUGAUGCCUUUGAUGAUCACCGUUUAAGGAAGGAGUUUUCUGCAUUCGGAACAAUCAUCAGCGCCAAGGUGAUGACGGAGAGCGGGUGCAGCAAAGGCUUUGGCUUUGUUUCCCUCUCCUCCCCAGAGGAGGCCACCAAGGCUGUGACGGAGAUGAAUGGCCGUAUUGUGGGAACCAAGCCGCUUUACGUGGCCCUGGCUCAGAGCAAGGAACAGCGGCAACAAUACCUGGCAGACCGGUACAAGCAGAGGAUGGUCAGUGUCAUGGCAGUGCCCAACCCCAUCAUCAACUCCUACCAGCCUCCUAUUCCACAGGUAAAUCCAUGCAGAAAAUCAUAUAUCCAACUUGGACAUGAGUAAUGAACAUUUUAUUGAGAAAUGCUAACUUCGAAUUCCAUAUAGCCUUUUACUCCAAUGUGCACAUUCCACAGGCCCAGUCCCAUGCAGCUGCCUACUACUUCAGCAACCAACUGGUUCAGCUGAGUUCCAGCCCUGGCAUGAUGACCGUUGAGCGGAUAGCAACUCAGGCCUUGGGCCAGCGCCCACAUCAUCCUGCCAGUGCAGAUGCAGCCACUGCCAUGAGCAAGCCUCAGUACAAGUAUAUGUGAUAUAAUUAAAUGUGCCUUUAAUAAAUACAUAAGUACAGUAACAUAAAGUGUACCAGCAAUCAAUAUGCUCAUCAUUCAUGUGUGAGCUGUGAGCUGUAUUGAUGUCUAAGCAGUUUGAUUGUUGAUGUUUAGGUAUUCCUAUAUGUGGAACAUACAGCCAGCUUCUCAUUCAUGAACAAACGUGACUGAAGCAAGCUUGGUUGUGCUCGUGAAUAAUUUCUCAUAUUUUCUCCCUUUCAGGAAUUCAACAUUCGCAGCUGGCGAUGGCUUAUGCAAUAACUCUCUGCUCCCCACGGCAGUCCAUAUUAAAGUCCAGGAGCCUCACCAAACUAAAGCCGGACAGAAAUCUGUCCCAAACACUGGAGCUUGAAGCCAAGAGAGGAACAGGGUCCUUCAAACUUCCUUUACAGAAGAAGAAAGAAAAAUUUAAACAAAAUUAUAUUUUACAGUAAAGGCCCAGUGCAGUCAAAAUUAUGUUUCCUGUGUUUUGUGUCAUAUAACAGCUGAUGAAACUAAGACUGUAAAAGUAUGAAAUAUAUUUAGCAGUGUUAUUUCCUAAUAGUUGCUGGUUAAAAAUACAAUCUACACAGGACCUUGUAAUCAGCAAGUUUUGUAUGGGUGGAGUUGUAGCCUGCCUGGUGACAUCACCAGGCUGCAUAAGUUAGUAUACCAAUAACAAAGAGAGUUCCAAACCUAGCUAGUUUUCAGGUUACAUAUCACUCCCACUAAGCCCCUCCAAUUAGGUCCCUCACUCAGACCACUCCCAGACAGUCCCAAAAAAAGCUAUUUUGGAUUAUUUUUGACAAUUUUAUUGGAAAACUGUUACAGUAAGGUUUAAUUGUCACGCAGAAAUGAUUUAAUAUUAAGAUGAAAACGGCUGCAUAUGGACAACAAAAAAAAUCAUGUCAUAAGAUAAGCUAGACCUUGAAAGACACAAGGGUCAUUUUAGGUCUGGAAAAAAUGUGAAUAUGAGUUUCCUUUGUUUGACUUUUUUUUUUACUGUGUUUGUGUGUAGCAGACAUGAGUCGUGCUCAUGGUUGAUCAUGGUCUCGUGAUGGGGAAGCCAUGCCUGCGACUUGGCUAAAGGGAGUUUCCUCUUGGUCUAAUGGAUAUGAUGGUGUUGUUGCUCAGCACCCUGUAGACACUUGUGUACUCCAUGCCCAUGUUCUCCACCAGCUUACAGCACCGCUCCACGAUCAGAGGGACAAACUGGGGGA